GGGAGUGACUACAAGUCCCAGAAGGCCGCGCGGCCUCAGCAGCGGGCGCUUCAGUUCCCAGGGCGACCCCUGUGGCAGAAGAGGGGCAUCUGGUGACCGUGGGGUCUUCCCGUGGCCACCGCGUUCUGCACUUUGCUUUCAGCGUCCUCCUUCUCACCCUGAGGCCGCCGCCAUGAAGGACUCACUGGUGCUGCAGAGCCGCGUCCCCGCGCACCCGGACUCCCGCUGCUGGUUCCUGGCCUGGAACCCCACGGGGACUCUGCUGGCCUCGUGCGGGGGCGACCGUAAAAUCCGCAUCUGGGGCACCGAGGGUGACAGCUGGAUUUGCAAGUCUGUCCUUUCUGAAGGCCAUCAGCGCACUGUUCGGAAAGUGGCCUGGUCCCCCUGUGGAAAUUACCUGGCCUCUGCCAGCUUUGAUGCUACCACUUGCAUUUGGAAGAAGAACCAAAAUGACUUUGAGUGUGUGACCACUCUUGAGGGUCAUGAAAAUGAGGUCAAGUCAGUGGCUUGGGCUCCGUCUGGCAACCUCUUGGCUACCUGCAGCAGAGAUAAGAGUGUGUGGGUCUGGGAAGUUGACGAAGAGGAUGAGUAUGAAUGUGUCAGUGUCCUCAACUCUCAUACACAGGACGUUAAGCAUGUGGUUUGGCACCCAAGCCAGGAGCUUUUAGCUUCUGCCAGCUAUGAUGACACAGUGAAGUUGUACCAGGAAGAAGGGGACGACUGGGUCUGCUGUGCCACCCUUGAAGGUCAUGAGUCCACUGUAUGGAGCUUGGCCUUUGACCCUAGUGGCCAGCGUCUGGCAUCUUGCAGUGAUGACCGUACUGUGCGCAUUUGGCGCCAGUAUCUACCAGGCAAUGAACAAGGGGUGGCAUGCAGUGGCUCUGACCCCAGCUGGAAAUGUAUCUGCACUUUGUCAGGCUUCCACACCAGAACCAUUUACGACGUUGCUUGGUGUCAGCUGACAGGGGCCCUGGCUACAGCUUGUGGGGAUGAUGCCAUUCGAGUGUUUGAGGAGGAUCCAGGCUCAGAUCCACAGCAGCCUACCUUCUCUCUGACAGCUCAUCUGCAUCAGGCCCAUUCCCAGGACGUCAACUGUGUGGCCUGGAAUCCCAAGGAGCCAGGACUCCUGGCCUCUUGUAGUGAUGAUGGGGAGGUGGCCUUCUGGGAAUAUCACCAACCUGCAGGCCUCUGAGCUAUAGCUUGACUUGGCCAAGACUUUCCUAGUCAUCAAGAGGACCUGAAGGAUCCUUGAUCUUCAUAUAGCUUUAUGCCUUCUGUUUGGAUGUGUAGACGCCACAGGACCAUUCACUGUUUCCCUUCCUUGAUGUGAGAGAGCCAUGGGACAGAGCCAUGGAACAGAAGUAUGUUGUGUUAGAAAUUUUUGCUUUAUUUAGGGCAUGUUGUUACAUUUUGGGGGUAAAUAGAGUAUAAUCAUUAUGUAUGUAUAUAGAAUGUGUUUGAAAGCUUUUUGAAAUUAUGAGCUUUAUAGAAAUAAUCCAUCUGUGCCCCACUUCCUAUUUCAUAAAUCAGGUCACUUAUCAUUUAUAGUUCCACUGUUUAAAUGGGUCCCUUCUUCCCAGUUGCUAAGAGAAGUCACUGCAUUUAAAACAUGCAAGCCAGUUAUGGUGUCUUCCUAGCACUCAAGCAAAGACAGGAUGAUCAGAAGCUCAAGGUUAUCCUUGGCUACAUAGCAAGUUUCAAACUAGCCUGGGCUACACAAGACCCUUUCUCAAAAAAGUGACGUUCAAAGUUUGUUCAGAGUAAAAGAACACCUCUGCUCUUCCUUAGAAACCCUCACAUGCCUCUUGAGACAUUAUGCUGUGGUGGCAACUGAACUCCCCUAAAGAGAGAAUUGGUUUUCAGUAAAGGGCAGAAAACAUUAA